CGAGAGAGAGAGAGAGAGAGAAGGCGCGGAGCGGGGCCCCCGUGGCCCCAAAACUCUAGGGCGACCUCCAGCUAAGCUCAGGUCGGGCGCACGUCCGCCCACAGGCGGGCUGUGGACGAGGACUCAAAAACGGCCAAGAAGAGACUCCAAGAUAGCCAAAAAAGUAGUCGCAGAAUCGCCCCCACAGUAUGCUUUGACUCUGUCUGACGCUUCCUCCUGUAGAGGGACAGGCCCGACUUAACCCCAAACUCCAGGGCGACCUCCAUCGAAGCCUGUCGUCCUCUUCGUCGGCCCUUUCCCCCGGUCGACCAGCACUCUGCGCGAGCGCAGUCCCACUCAGCAGUUGCACCCCGGCAGACGCAACAGUCAUGGAUCGCCAGAUGUCUCGGCAGACCCCGCCGCGUCGGAGGCCUCGUCGGCUGCCCUGUUGAACGAUUCCUCUGCCAGGGCCUCGUCGAUUGCCUGCGCAAGCCCCGCCUCGUCGGAGGUCUCGUCGGCCACGGCCUCGUCCGCCUCGUCGCAGUCCCCAUGGUCAGCCUCGCCCGCUUCCUCGUCGGACCCCUCGUCCGCCUCGCCCGAGGCCUCCGCAGUCUCGGCCGCGUCCGCCUCGUCAGUCUCGUCAGCCUCCUCGCCCGAGGCCCCGCCGCAGAAGAUGCCUCGGCAGCCUCGGCCACGCUGGACGACCCGGCCCUCGCGUCCUCGGCGCGGUCGAGUGCAUGGGUCGCCCCGGCCUGCAGCAGCGCGGCGCCUCCUCUGCACACCUUGGCCUGCAGCAGGGUGGAGGUCUCGGCCUCGUCAUCCUGGCACGCGCCGUCGGCGAGACACCCCUCGAACUGUCAGCGCGCGCGCGCGGAUCGCAGCAGCAGGAGCGCCACGGCGAGGCGCACCACGGCUCCAGGGACUUGCAUGUCGGUUGCCUCCGUGCCUGGAAUCACUCUGCGGCCGCCUCAACUCUGAGCUCGAACCAACGUGUGAUUACGUCGGAAACGUAAUAAUAGUAG